GCCUCUUUGGUCUACUUGUAGCUUCACGAAGCUUGUGGACGGUCACGGGAGGACCCCAUCGUGCCUGAUUUGUUUGUUCAGGGUAAACUACCUACCUCCUCCCUACCUAGAGGUAUCUUCAUUUCCGUACUAUUCCGACAUGAACCUCAAAAAGCCGCAAUGAAAAAAACAAACAAACAAAGGAUCAGUAAUCGAACAUGACGACAUUGUUAGUCUUGCUCGGCAGCUUCAUAUACAUGAUGCCCUUUUUCCCACCUUUUUGUUUCACACUUGUCCACUCUCCUACCAGGUGUACAGGGAGGUGUACUGAACCCAUAGUAAAACCUCAACAGUCGUCAAGGAAGGGGGAUGUUUUGUUUGUCUCGAUUCGACUGUACUCGUGAAUAAUAGCCUUGCGACCUCACUCAUGUACGUUGAUCCGGAACCAUGAUGACGAUAUCCGCCGCAGCGUCGAGGAUUGUCAGUCGCCCAUUCCUCAAGUCAUGUUGGUCUUCCGGAGUCGAGCUGUCCAAACGAUGGACUUCGCUAGGCUGAGCGAGAUCAGACCCAGUCCAGCCAAGCAGGAGAAUGACCGGUGACCCUAUGAGGUCCUUCUCAACUGCGUCGAAGGUCGCCAGGCACUCUUGUUCCGUUUCGAGGAUAGCCAAUGUUUCAAUCUCUAGAGGCCUCACACCAAGGAGGGACGAAAGAGCUCUGUCAGUCAGGAAGAUUGGAAAAGUUCCGGCAUCUCUCGGCACUAGAUGCUGCUUUUGAGGUGUACGACCGUCCCGAGUAGCGGACCCCUCGUCGCCCCAGCCCGGAGAAUACUGCAGGAAACCGGCCGUCUCAUCACUGAAGCCGCCGAGGACAUGAGGAUUCAGCCGCAUGUCUAUGGACCUUGCAUCGACGUCGCAGUCACACCAAUCCAUGGCCUGAUUGCAAUAUCGGUCUCUAGAGCACGACGGACAAGUCAUGCAAAAGAGACGUUCUUGCUUGAACAGAGAUGCGAGACAGAUCGAGGUGAUGGUCACGCGGACGACGACUUGAUAUGGUGUACCUGGGUCCCUGAGUAUGGUCGACCGAAACUCCUGAAGAGUGGUCAGAUGUUGUGGCCUUGAUACUCGGUCAUCGAGGCCGUAUUCUUCUUCCAAAUCGGCAUUCUCUUGCAUUGUCAUAUUGCAUGGCGGAGCCAUCUGUCUAAGAAAUCUCCUCAGCUCUCCCGCGACACUGAUUUCGGGAUCAAGGAAUAUUCUCGAGCUAUACGAGGUUGCGAGCAUUUGCCCGCCGACAACCCGCGGAUUUGUAACGAGGAGUAUCGUGUGGCGAGGUUUGAGCGGGGCAACGCUUUCGUGAAUAGGAUUCUCGAAGAUGACUUUGACAGGUGCAUGUGGAUUGGAUUGGUCCACGACCAUUACAGCAAUGGCAGGAAACUUGUGUGAGGUGUCUGUCGAAGUUGUGCUUCCUGUUGUGCCACACGAUCAGCUCGAGUCGCCACACGACUCUGCAGGGCCGUGUCUGGGAAAGUAGCAAUACCUGAGACACAUUUCCCGAUCCCCACCACGUACACCACAAUCGACACGUUGUGUUGGUACUGCCUGUUUGAAUUACUGGCCAUCAGGCUCUCGAGCGAUGUGACAGCGCCGAGUUCGGCCUGGGUCACCACGUUUCGCAGCAUGUCAUGGCGUAUGAGAGAGGGACAUCCUGGCUCGUUCCGAAAUAUCCUCAAUCCGCAGCCAACGUUGCGUUCGGGAAAGAGGCUGGUGGAUAUACUCGCACUGAGGUCUCUGCUACUGCCUGGCUGCGGCGGUGCUUGCGCUCUCUUGCUCGACGAACAGACGUGGGUAGCCCAGAUGGUCACAAUGUUGCCCAAGGUCAUUUUAUAUCGGGCAUCGAGAUACCAGACAUUGACCUGGAAGCAAUCUCGGUAUAAGUUAGCCUUUGGAUGGGAGGUUUUUAAAUACCCUUCACGUGUUGAGAAGUUGUCAGGUUACCAAGAUUUCAUCAGUCUCGUCCCUGAGGAUGAGUUUGACGCAUGCUUUGGCUCCGGUGAGCGUGGGAGAUUCGGGGACAUGGUAUUGCAGAUUCAGGACGAGUCCGCUGAAGCAAGCUUGCACUGGUCCUGGUUUCAGCUGUGAGAUCUUGAACCUGGGAUACUGACUCAACGACAUUCUGGUCGUAUGGUGAUUGGAUUCUCCCAAAGUAUGGUUUGAUUGUGACCGCGAAACAGCGGCAGUCAUUGAGACACGUAUAGAUAGGUGCUUCUUCCUUGAAGAUUAUUAGCAGAAACAGAUGGCGACGAAGAGAAAAUAGUUGUAGUAUGGCACGCAGUGAUGAAUUGAGAAAGGAAUUGGAGAGAUGCUUGCAAUGUUUGUUCUGCGUCACACUUCAUACAGCCCCUAGUACUUGACUACUGGCCAACCACUUCCGGCUCACGAAUUGUGCUUUUUGGGAGCAAGUUCUCGUAUUUCAUAUGUGCACGAUUCUCCUGAUCUCUAUCCUCAUCGUGCUACUGAGAACUUCUCUUCUGUUUGUAAUUCCAACUUCACAUGAAUCUCUG